GGAGGCCCGUCUGCGGCUGCUGCGGCUGCUGCUUGGUCCGGCUGGGCUGCUGGAAGGGAGGCCAUGCAGGCUCGCUAUUCGGUGUCCAGCCCCAACUCGCUGGGAGUGGUCCCUUACCUCGGCGGCGAGCAGAGCUACUACCGGGCGGCUGCCGGAGGAGGCUACGCGGCCAUGCCGGCCCCCAUGAGCAUGUACUCGGCUCACCCGGCCGCUCAUGAGCAGUACCCGGGCGGCGGCGGGGGCCCCGGAGGCAUCGGGAGGCCCUACGGCCCGUACCCACCGCAGCCGCAGCCCAAGGACCUGGUCAAGCCGCCCUACAGCUACAUCGCGCUGAUCACCAUGGCCAUCCAGAACGCGCCCGAGAAGAAGAUCACGCUGAACGGCAUCUACCAGUUCAUCAUGGAGCGCUUCCCCUUCUACCGGGACAACAAGCAGGGCUGGCAGAACUCCAUCCGGCACAACCUCUCGCUCAACGAGUGCUUCGUCAAGGUGCCCCGCGACGACAAGAAGCCGGGCAAGGGGAGCUACUGGACGCUCGACCCGGAUUCCUACAACAUGUUCGAGAACGGCUCUUUCCUCCGCCGCCGCCGCCGCUUCAAGAAGAAAGACGCCGUCAAGGACAAGGAGGAGAAGGAGCGGCUCCAGCUGAAGGAGCCGCCGAGGCACCAGCCGCCAGAGGGAGGCCAGCAACCGCAGCAGCAACAGCAGCCGGCUCCCCCCGUCAGGCUCCAGGACAUCAAGACGGAGAACGGCUCGGCGUCCCCGCCGCAAGCCUUGUCCCCGCUGGGAGGAGCGCCGGUGCCCAAGAUCGAAAGCCCCGGGAGCUCCAGCACCAGCAGCCUCUCCAGCGGAGGAGGAGGAGACCCCCGGGUCAGCCUCUUUUGCAACCCGCGGCUCCCACGAGACCAGAGAGCAAAUCGGAAUGUAAACCAGAUGUUGGCUGAAGCCAGCUUCGGAAUGCCUACAUCCUCUNAAAGCCCCGGGAGCUCCAGCACCAGCAGCCUCUCCAGCGGAGGAGGAGGAGGAGGAGGAGGAGGGGGCAGCCCGCGCGGGGGCGGCCGAGCGCUGGGCUUGGACCCCAGCGGAGCAGCCGAGUCCCAGCCGCAGAGCCAGCACCACCCCCAUCAUCCCCACCCGCACCAGCACCCCCACCACCAUCAUCCGCACCCCCACCACCCCCACGCCGCCCUCCACCACCCUCCGGCGCACCACCACCCCGGCGGCGGCGGAGGCGGGGGCUUCAGCGUGGACAACAUCAUCAUGACUUCCCUGCGCAGCUCGCCCCAGGGCGCCCCCCAAGAACUCCUGCCGUCCGCCGCCGCUGCCUCCUCCGCGGCCUCCUCUUCUUCCUCCUCCUCCUCCUCCUCCUCGUCCACCGCUUCCAGGACCGCCGCGCUGGCUUUGAGCAGCGGCUGCUAUUCCCCGGCGGCGCAGAGCUCGCUCUACAGCGCCCCCUGCAGUCAGGGCGUGAACCCCAGCAGCAGCGCGGCCUCGCCGUCGGGCGGCGUCCCCACCAGCACCAGCACCAGCAGCAGCUAUCACUGCAACUUGCAGGCCAUGAGCCUCUACGCGGCCGCCGCCGCCGCCGCUGCAGCCGCCGCCGCGGCCUCGGGGCCAGGGACGGGCAUCAACAGCGGAGGGGACCGGAGCGGAGGGGCCCAUUUGGGCAGCAGCCCCGUCGAGCCGGACCCGUUGCCCGAGUACAGCCUGGCGGCCAGCAGCAGCAGCAGCGCCUCGUCCCUCAGCCUGAGCCCCCAGGAGGGGCACCCGCAAGGCGGCGGCGGGGGGCGCUUGGCCUCUUGGUACCUCAACCAAGCCUCGGCGGUGGGCGAGCUGACGCAUUUGGGCCCCGCUUCGGCUCCGUCGGCUUCCUCCCCGUCCUCGUCGGCGGGCUACCCGGGCCAGCAGCAGAACUUCCACGCCGUGCGGGAAAUGUUCGAGUCCUCGCAGCGGCUGGGCUUGAACCACUCUCCCGGCGGCAACGGCAGCGGCGGCGCGGCCAGCAGCUGCCAAAUGGCCUUCCCCGCCGGCCAAAGCCUUUAUCGGCCUUCGGGCGCCUUCGUCUACGAUUGCAGCAAGUUUUGACCGCCGGCCGCGGAGGAAGGGAACGGAGCCGAGCGAUGGGAGAGGCUUAUGGUGUCAAGGACUCCCCUUCGGGCCCUUCCCGGCCUUCCUUCCCCCCCCCCACCGAACCAAAGAGGGGAGAAACCCCCCCCAAAAAACACUAUUCCGUGCCAAGAAGACAUUUUUGCCCAGUAGAUAAAUGAUUAAGUCAUGGUUUGUGUUAAGGACAGUGUUACACCAAAUAACACGUAAGUUUGUAUGCUUUCUUCCCCCCCCCCUCCCUCUCUUUCUGCCUUUUAAGCCUUUGCAAACUGCCCCCCACUUUCCCCCCCUAGUCCAAGAAGCGGCCCUCCGUCCCCAUCUGCGCCAGACCGCUUGGAUAGCUAGGCAUCCAAGGCCUUGCGCUUGACUUGGUUGGAUGGCGACCCGAGGAGGCGCAUCCCGGCAACUCAGCGCGCAAGGCAGGCCGCGAAACGAGACCCCCCCCCAAAAAAAAAACACCCCAUGGCUCCCAACACGGGUGGGAGUUUUGCCAGUUUGAUUCCAAUUUGAGGGCCUCUCCGCCCCUCUUUGAAUAAGGCGCAGCGCCUUUUCCCAAAAGCUGUAAGAAGUUUUUAUGCCCGUUGACUCGUACGCAACCUGGAUUGCGCAGUACACGUGUUGUUUCCUUCUCUCUUUUUCCCCCACCCUUUCUCUCGCUCCCCCCUCCUCCCGUAAAGGCCUGUUUUAUACGCAAAGACUUGUUUUAAAGUGUAAAUGGAACAUAGUAAUUUAUUUUUAAAUCUGUUUGUUGGAUCGUUUCGGACCAAACGCCAAAAAAAAAAAAAAAGUUUUCCCCUCUCCAUCAGGAAAAAAAAUAUAUUUGACUUUAAAAAUGACCUGAAACGCUCAUUUUUCUUCUUCUUCCAUUAUAUAAGAAAAGGGAGGAUUGUAUUAAUCUUAUUUUAUCAUUUUAUCAUUUUUUCCUUUUGUUGUUGUUGUUGAAGAUACCUUGAAGUUUAUUGACUUUGUUUAUUAAUAAAUUACCAUUCAAUUGGACCAAGAGCA